CUUAUUUUCCAAUAGUCACGAAAAUGAAAAAUGAAACAAAUAUUCUUAUUUUUAAGAAAUAAUGUUCUUUUUAAUGCGCAACUAAAUAAAGGGCGAUGUCUACACGGUUUUUAGCCGCAGAAUCCGUUCCAUAUGUGAUGAUUUUAACGCCGAAAUGACAAAGAAUCUUUGUACCAAAUCAUCGAAUAGAUAGAUCAGGUGUGAAGAAUUAUUAAAGAUAAAAUGAAGCCCGAACGAGAUGUUGAGUUUUGUGAUAUGGAUGUGGUUGUUAGGGAUCCACGGGAAGUGUUGGAGGAGGUUGGUUUGUUGAUAUUAGAAGCCCGUACCCCAGAUCUGUCUGUUAAAGGAAGAAGAGAAGGAUCCCAUUGUCCAACUGUUCAAGGAGGGGGUAGUCACUUAUGUCUUCAGGAGAAAGAGGAGUGUUCUCGUGCUGCAGAGGUCAAGAGACGCAUGCACUGUGCUUGGCGUAAUUCAGUGCCAACUUAUAUUGACGUUUUCUUACUACCUGGUUGUAAGCAUGGCCAAAAGGAGGCCUCAACAGUAGAAGGAUUGGCUGGUUCAAUGAAGGAGAAGAGUAUAUUAUUAGAAAGAUGGUAUAUAGAGAUAAUGAAGAAAAGACAUGAGAAGAUAGAAGGAAGUGUCUCUAGUAGUUUUUUAGUGCAGGCAGUCAGAUCGUAUCUACAUUUCUCCCAGUUGAGUUCCUGGUUAUUAUCAACUGGCGGUACUUUAUCUCUUAAUAUUGUCUAUAGAUUAUCAGUGCCAGGUGAAGGAGUAACAGAACAGUUCCAUGAGAAUCCUGACUUCCACACAUUUCCUAAAGCAGAAUUUACGAAAGUUGGUCUGAGCAUAACUGUGGAAGCUUUACCUCGUCAACCUGAAAUACCCGCAUUAAUCUGUAGUAAAGAAACUUCGCAAAUCUGUCCUUCCAGUAAGAAAGGAAGAAUUAGUCCCAAAAAUAAAACAGAAUCCAAAAUGAGAGAAAACAUAAUUGACACAGAACAGCAUAUACCACCAAACUAUCUAGAUAAAGUCUAUUAUCAGUAUGAACCAUCAACCAAAGCAAGACACCAUUCCAAAACAGAACCUAAAAAAGAUUCCAAAAUCAAUGAACCUGGUUGUGGCUGUCCACAAGAGAGAUCCCCUCGUCAGUCCACACAUCGACAUUCAACCGUUGCUAGUUCCAAGAGAUCUGCUACUCCAACAGGGAAGGCCUCCACAUCAACACAGAAUUUACUGACUGGUCAGGGAUGUUCAACUUCACACCAAGCAUCUGUUCAGUAUCCUGAUCAAAGAAAGUCCCCUUCACGCCAAAUCUUCCGUGACAAUUUACUACCAUUGAAACAGGAAUACCCAUCCUCUAGUCUACAGGUGACAGACAAUUCCUCAAAACGUUUGCAUAGUCCAAAAAUUCUUCUAGCAACAGCUACAGGAUCAUCGGUCGAUUGUACUAAGAAAAAACGGUUAGACUUGAGUGAGGCUGAAGCUUGUGUGUCAUGGGAAAAAGAUUAUCUUUCAGCCAAAAUAAAACCCAUGGACAUCAAUGAAUAUUUAACUAAUUUACAAAACUAUUCGUUCUCUUACUCGUCCCUGUCUGAUAAUUUGAGUGAUGAAUAUACUCCACGAUGUAAAUUUUAUAUUGGUGAAAACUGUGAUCUAAAAACAACAGCGUGCGCUUCUACCGAGGAAGUAGAGACACCUCUAAAACGCCAACGAGAGAGAAAACGUUCGUUCGAAGAAGUACCAAGGAAAUUAUUUGCCCAAAGUCUUUCAGACAGCAGUGAAAUACAACCAGCUAUAAGAACUGACCAAUCAGAAAAUGGCUUCUGUCACACUUGUGAUAAGGAACACAGCCUAUCGGAGAAUGGCUUUCUAAUAUGUAAUGACAAAAAAAAGAAAAAGUCUGAAAAUGGUUUCUAUUUACGUUAUCCUAAAGAAUCUUCAAAUGGCCAUACAUCAGAAACUGAAGUAGAAAAUGGAGUUCAGAAAGUGACUGAUUUAUUAGAUAAAUUUAGUGUGGAAGAUCAGUUUAAUAUAUUUAAAACUGGAAGUAAUGAUGUGUUUUUUGAUUCAGGUUUACAUUUAGAAGACGAUAAUUGUGAUAAAGAUUUGUAUAACACUAGUCAAUUAAACUUGAGCUCGUCUUUACAAGAUUCAUGUUUAGAAAAAUCUCAAUUGUUAAGUGAAGCUCCGUUAUUUCCAACCACUAGUAAAUGUGAUAGUGAUACAGCAUAUACCAAACAUUGUCAUAAUUCACCUAAAAGGGCUUUCUCUGUACCAGACUAUUCUUCUGAUAAUGAAGUAGCUGUUACCAAUGGUUUCUCACUAUGCAAAACAGAUGAUAAGCAGGACAAAAAUCCUCUAAACAAGGUGUUAAAUUCUCCAACAAUUGAGGACAUCAUGAGCUUCCGACGUCACUUAACCAAAAGUGCCUCCAUGAUGUUUAAUCAAAGAACCGGUCUACCAUCACAGUCUAGUCCCGCACCAACUAAAAGAAAAUCAGGAAGAUUUGACUAUGAUAGUACUUUAACAAAUGCCAGAGCUAUUAAAUAUGCUCUGUCAUGUUCUAAAUUAGCUCUAGCAUCAGAAGGUGAUGGAGAUCAGAUAUUAGAAGAGAGUGGUCGAGUUCUUAGUACAAGUGCUCCUGCUUCAACUAAUUGUUUGCUGGGAAAUUUUGAGGAAUCUAUAUUAAAUGGUAGAAUCGAACCAAUUGGAGCUGUAGAUGGAUUUACGGCAGAAAUUGGUGCCAGUGGUUCAUUUUGUCCAAAACAUUUAGUUCUUCCAGUUUCUGCAUAUUUCUUUAAAUUAUCUGAUGAUAAUGCACCAUCUCCUUAUUUAGGACAUAUCAAUUUCGAGAGUUUAGGUAAAAGAGGAUAUCACAUUCCAAAGAAAGGAACAGUACAAGUUACAUUAUUCAAUCCUAAUAAAACAGUGGUUAAGAUGUUUGUUGUUAUGUAUGAUAUGACAGAUAUGCCACCUAGAAGUCAGACAUUUAUUAGACAAAGAACGUUAUAUAUGCCAGUUGAAUCUAAUAGUAGUGAGCCAUCUUACCUUAGAUAUUUAAUACAUUUAAGAUUUGCGAGUACCAAGUCCAGUAAAGUUUAUCUUCACACCGAUUUACGACUGAUAUUUGCUCGAGACAAGUUUGAAUUUGAUAAUAAAGUAGCUCAGUAUGAACUUCGUUCUUUUACUGAGGGACCAACAAAACCAAAAUAUUCACCUAAAAGGUGACCCAACAGGAACUUAGGUCAAAAUAGUUGUUAAAAAGUUAUGUUGAUUCUUCACUAAAGAACAAAAUAUUUUGUUGCCUUUGAAAUUAAUUUAUUCAGCUUACAUUGACAAUUAAAUAAAAUGAUGAUGACCAUAGCUUAAACUUUAUAGUAUUCUGAGAUGCCAAUUUCAUAUGUCUUUCCUUUAGAUAGACUAUCCAAUUGAUUAUCAUUAUUAUAUCAGUUGUAAUUGAUCUAUUUGUCUUUGUUUUGUUUCUUUGUUGCUAAUUAUACUGUUCUGGUAUCACAACAUAGAUAUAUAAUUAAACUCAACAAAGAACUUUUUAUAGAAUUUCAGUUAAUUCUUAUCAGAAAAGCAGCCAAACUCUUUUCUUUGUUUUUUUUGGCCGGGGGGGGGGGGGGGGGGGGGUGUGUUUACAAAUCCAGUUUAGUUUAUCAGUUCUUGUUAUUCACCCUAUCUGUCCAUCCAUCAUUCAGAAUUGCUUCUGAAGACUCUACAGGCUAAUGCUAUCAUUCAGUUGACUUUAAAUUUAUUGACAGUGCCUAUGCUCAUGAUAUGCAAUGAUUUCUGUUAAACAGCUAAAGUAAUCAUCUGAUUACAGGUACAUUGACUUAUAUAAUAAUAAGCACUCGGAACCAAUAGAAGCCAAUCAACUUUUUAAAUAUUUCGUUAUCAGGUUUUGUGUCAUGUAUAUGUUUGGAUAACUUAGCUGAUGCGGGCGUAUAUUACAUAGCCUUGAAAUCCUAUCUAGGUUUGGUAUAAUAUCAGAAUAGUGAAGAAAAGAAUUUGAAACAAGACAAAGAUAUAUAGUUUAAAUAGAUUGAAUAUAUAUAUAUAUGAUAAAUUAGUUGUAAUAUUGUGUGUUAUUAUCAUUCAUUGUCCAUGUACAAAUGGACAUAAAUCAAGAAUAUCUGUACAUUAUACUUCAUAAUUUAUCAUUAGUCAAGGCUAAACAUUACAAACUAAAAAUUUUGUUUUUGCAUUCUCACCUGAAAAUUAUAUUCAGUUAUUAGUAGGAAUUGAAGUAUACUAUUGUCUGUUCUUCAUGUAGACUUCGUUAAACAGCACUCAAAAACUGCCGACUACAAUUGUUUGUGGAAUGUUGAACAAGGCGAUAGUAACAGGUAUCAAAUAUAAAUGACCUACCUAGAUUCGUGAUGUUAGCAAGACAUGGUUACCACUUAUGUUUUCUCUGGGUGUAGUUUUGACUCUUAUUCCUAUUCAGUCAUGUACAUAUACAUGUAAUUUAAAGGAUGUCUUUAAGAGAAAGAUUUUGUUAGUGAAAUACUAAAAGACAGCAUGGUUAUAUGUCCUAUGAGCCAAUUAAAUUUUGCUGUGAAAUGAUCUAUUAAUACUAUGUCUGUUGAGAAUACUUCGUACAUUAAAUUAUAGAAACCUUUGGUUGCAUAGUUCUGUGAAGAUCGCCACAAUAUGAAUGAAACUAUGAAUAACUAAUAAUUACAUGUGUGCUUUAGAACUUGUUUUGUAUGCAAGUAAUGAUUUGUCUCAAGUUAAGACAAUAAAUUAAUAUUUAUUAACUAUUUAUUUCAAAUUAUUACAUCACCCCCAUGUAAAAAUGUGCACACAAUAAACUAGUAACUUAUUUAUUUGGAAGGAAUAUUUUUUUAUGUUAGUUGAAACAUAACUUUAUGUAUUAGUAGAAGACGUAGAUAUUUAACGUAAUAUUUUGAGGUGAUUGGAUUGCUGUUGACUUUUCUAAAUUUUUAUGUAGAUUAGGGUAUAAUCGUUUGUAAGACAGCUUGAAUGGGUUUGAUAGAAGAAAAUUUGUGUAAUUGUUUUAUGUUUUUUAAGCAUCCACACAAUGAAAAUUGAUCCUAAAGAUUUAAGUUGUGUACUAAAUUAAGCAACUUUAAAAUGUUCCUUAUCAUUUUUUCAUGAAUCGAAUUUAUAAAACUGUGAGGACAAUACAACAUAUGAAUGUAUGUAUGUAUGUAUGUAUCUGAGAGAUUGAAAAAUAGAAGAAAGAGGUUAUAAAAGGAAAUUUGCCUUUAUCUGAGAUAAAUGUUAUAAAAUGAAGUCAUCUCUGCAUUGAGAUAAGAGCAGUAUAUCACCAAUACCAGUAGUAAUAAUUCAUUCAUAAUAACAUAAUACUGCUAUAUCUUGUAUAACACAAGUCCAAUUAGUAUCAGUUGAGUGACUGUCUGGGAUAAAUGUCACCACAGUUAUUGAAUUGAUAACAAGGAGGAUUGCAGAUGGCAUACAUUAGAUAGAUAGUUAGAUAUAUCGAAUAUUGAGAAGUCUUGUGUUGCAGUCUUUCAUCAUAAUAUAUGAUAUUAUGAACACAACUGGACAGGCGUUAAAGAAUCACUCAAAUGAUGUUCAGAGACUUUUAACAGUAUACAAAAUGAUAUAUGACUUAGCAGUAUACAAAAUGAUAUUUACAAUUUGAUCAUUAACAAUAUUAUGUAUAUGUAAUAGUUUCAUCUUCAAUGCCAGAUUAUUUCCUAGAAAUGUUUUGAUUAACGAUAUGUACUCACUAAUGCCUAGUAAAAUGACAGUUACAUAUAGACAGAGUCAUCGUAGAUUGUUCACCAUUUAUAUUGUUGAGUUUUAAGAUGAAUUGUAUAUUACAAGUAUAUGGUAGAUACCAUUAUUAGAUUACCAAAUAUUUUGUUGGAUGAAACACGCAAAAAUUAAAACUGUUUACUUUUGUUGAAUGUGGGCCUUAGGUUGUUAUUCAUAGAAGUGAAAAUGGUUACAGAUAAAUUAAAUAGUUUUAUUUUAUUUUUAGACUUCGGCAGUAAAUUCUUAAACUGCAUAAAUCAGAAGGAAAAUUUUAAACUAUUAUAAUCCUAAUACUAUUGUUAAAACCUUUAAAAAGGUCAGUGAAUAUUAUUAAUUGUUGAUUUACCUGAGGCUGAGCCAUGUUUUCUUGGGAAUUUUUUAAUGUGUACAUGAAAAUAUAUCUUUGGUUGGUUAUGUAAAUGCUGUUUGAAAAAAUGAUUAAUUUAGUAUUUGAACAUUGUAACUUCUGGCCAGCAGAAAUGACACAUCUUUCUUUAACCUUGGAAUAGGUUUUAAAUAUUCAGUUCAGAGAAUGAGAUACUGACAAAAAUUUAAUUAAAUUUAUGUAGAAGCAAAUUUAAUUCUCUUGAGGAUUUAAGAGUUUUAAUUUGGUAAUGCAAUCUUUGAUAUAUGUUCUGUUGAGGUUUUGUUCAUUGGUAUUUAUAUAUAAACAGAAGAGAAUUAGGAUCUAUAUGUAUAAUAGAUUAUCUAUAAGUAAAAUAAGCUUGUCUUAUAUAAACUGUGAUUCAGUCAACAUAUUGACUGAUAUUGUGAUAUAUAUUUUAGUAGUUAUAUUAUUCCUCUAUGCUUUGUUAUUUUCUUUUUGCCUAUAGAUAAACUUAUGAUGUACUCGGAUGGUACAAACUGGUAUACAGUUAUAAAUACAAAUCAAUGGUGUAUACAAUAUUUAUUUCAACUUUAAAUAAAUUAUAAUAAGU